AUGUCCUACACUCUUGCCAUCUUAUUCUGCCUGCUUUUUCCUGUAAUCAAAAUUUUGUGGAACAGGAGUACCAGGCCGGCCCCUCUUCCUCCAGGCCUCCCUGCCGACCCGCUUAUUGGCCACGCUCGCGUCUUUCCUCGAGACAAUCCACAGCUUGGCCUGAUGAAGCUGGCCAAACAAUACGGGGACGUGAUGUACUUCAACAUCCUGGGGAAGCAGUUCGUGGUCCUCAGCAGUCAAGUCGCUGCAACGGAUCUCCUCGAGAAGAGGAGUGCCAUCUACAGCAGUCGCCCUCACUUCCCGAUGCACAAUUUAAUCGGCUGGGACGAUAUGAUGUCUUUUCAGCCUUACGGCGAAGACUUUCACAAUCAGCGCAAGAUCUUCCAGCAGGCAUUCACUCGUCAGGGCUGUUUGCUCUUCCGACCUAUACAGCUUUACCAGACCCAUGUGCUGCUGAAGAAUCUGCUACGGGAUCCAGAACGCCAUACGGAGCAUACUGGGCGCUUCUCCACGGCAGUCAUCAUGGAGAUCGCUUAUGGCCACAGGGUCGUCUCUGACGAUGAUCCCUAUAUCGGUAUUGCUGGAGAAAUCAAUGAUAUCCUUACAGAAGCCGGAGAUUUCCCCUUGGUAGACUUCUUCCCAGCAUUGCGACACAUACCCGCUUGGUUCCCUGGUGCAGGCUUCAAACGUUUCGCCCAACGUGCCAGAAAUACUAUCAGAAAGACGCGUACUCUGCCAAUGGACGAGAUUCGACGCGAGAUGGCAGCAGGAACGGCUCAGCCGAGCUUUUUGUCCAUGCAGCUGGAAGAACUAGAACGUGAGGGUAAAAUGAAUGACGAAGAACUGAAUCUUCGGAAUGUAUCCGCUGCUCAUAUGUACGGAGCUGGGGCAGAGACGACGUGGUCGACAAUCCGCAACUUCAUCGCGGUCAUGCUUAUGCAUCCUGAUGCGCAGCGCAAGGCGCAGGCCGAGAUAGACAAGGUCGUAGGAUCUGGACGCUUACCGGACUGGCCAGAUCGUGAAUCUUUGCCUUAUGUGGAUUGCGUUAUGCACGAGGUGACAAGAUGGUGCCCAACAGUGCCUCUAGGUAUACCUCAUGCAUCCACGGCCGAUGACGUUUACAAUGGCAUGUACAUUCCAAAAGGCGCCACGAUCAUCUCCAAUGCUACAGCUAUCGCGACGGACGAGAUGGCCUACAAGAAUGCAUCGACUUUUUAUCCUGAGCGCUUCCUCUCCGAGAACGGCGAGCCCCUUCCAGUGAACUCUGUCUUCGGUUUCGGGCGCAGGAUAUGCCCCGGACGUCACCUAGCUGACGCAAACGUGUGGAUCGUCAUCGUGUCUAUUCUCUCUGCCUUCGACAUCGCGCUGGCAAAGGACAGUCGUGGUAACGAGAUCCCCCCGGAUAUCAAGUUUAGCACGGGAAUGACCUGGUGA